CAAAUCCCCCACACUACGGUCAACAUUGUACAAUAAUAGACGCCCAGGGUAGCAACAAAAUGGGCCGAUGAGCAGCAACUAUAUAUGUACCAACAAAGUGCAGGGCAAAUUCAGCUGCAAGAAGGACCAAUGGCGCCGAUGAAAGUGUACGGGUGGGUGGUAUCGCCAUGGAUGGCGCGGGUGCUGGUGGCCCUGGAGGAGGCCGGCGCCGAGUACGAGGUCGUUCCGAUGAGCAGGUCCGGCGGCGACCACCGCCGGCCGGAGCACCUCGCCAGAAACCCGUUCGGUGAGAUUCCAGUACUGGAGGAUGGCGACCUGACGCUCUAUCAAUCGCGAGCAAUCGCUAGGUACAUCUUUCGCAAGUACAAACCAGAGUUCCUGGGACUCGGAGAAGGUGGAAGCCUGGAGGAGUCGGCAAUGGUGGACGUGUGGCUGGACGUGGAAGCCCACCAGCACGAGGCCGCCGUGAGGCCCAUCCUGUGGCACUGCAUCAUCAACAAGUUCGAGGGCCGCGACCGCGACCAGGGCGUCGUGGACGAGAGCGUCCGGAAGCUGGAGAAGGUGCUCGGGGUGUACGAGGCGAGGCUGUCGGGCUCCAGGUACCUCGCCGGCGACCGCAUCAGCCUCGCGGACCUCAGCCACUUCUCCAACAUGCGCUACUUCAUGGCGACGGAGUACGCCGGCGUGGUCGACGCGUACCCGCACGUGAAGGCGUGGUGGGAGGCGCUGCUGGCCAGGCCGACGGUGCAGAAGGUGAUGGCCGGCAUGCCACCGGAUUUCGGCUUCGGAAGUGGGAACAUACCAUAGUGUGCUUGCUGUUGUCCAGCUUUGCAGCUUGUUAUUAGCAUGUCUGCAUUUCCAAUAAAUGGGAUAGCCAGCUCUGAGAACCUCCAAACAAUGUCAAUGCUCUGCAUCAGGCGCUCGUUGCAGAAGCAAAAAAUCA